GAGGCACUUUUCGUCGAGCCACGGCAUUAUAAACUCCACACAUACUUUACCUAGUACCAAACAGGGUAUGGACUAAUGUCACUACCACUUAUACUACCAUUUAUACUUCCACUUAUAACUUACCUUAUUCGCGACCUGUCAGACCGCCUCAUAUUCUUCCAUCCAACCUAUACGUCCUCGUCUUAAUCAUGUCCAAUUGAGCGAGGAACAGCCAUUACCUAUACAAUCUUCCAUAAUUCAAAAGAGAGGAAACUCGAUAUCAAGUAUACCAGAAAACGGGAAGAUGACAGAACCACGACCUAGCGCAAGUGUCAUUCUCCUAUCUCCCGAGAACAAGGUUUUAUUAUUGCACAGAGUAAAAGAGUCCUCAUCCUUCCCUUCAUCUUAUGUAUUCCCAGGCGGGAAUAUAUCCACCUUCCAGGACAUACGUACCUCGUCUCCGGGAAAGGGGAGACACGAGGACUCAGUCGUAUAUCGGCUAGCCGCAAUCCGUGAGACUUUCGAGGAAAGCGGAAUUCUACUUGCCCGCGAGGAGGGAAAAGAUGGCAAACUCAUAAGUGUUCCUAAUGCUGAGCGCGACAAAGCGCGCAAGGCGAUUCAUCAGAAUCGACUCCACUUCAAUACCUGGGUUGAGGAGCUAGGCGCCGUUCCAGAUACAGAUAACCUUGUCCCUUUUACUAGAUGGAUAACUCCUCCUUCACGAUUCCGACGAUACACUACCCAGAUGUAUCUUUACAUGCUUCCUCUUUCGGCAAGCAAUGACCCCACUGUAGCGGCGGCGCAAGCUGAAGCUAUAAUACCUACACCUGACGGGGGUGUUGAGAUUAAUGCGGCUCAUUUCGACUAUCCUAGUACGUGGCUAGAGAAGCAGUUACGGGGCGAGAUCACUGUGUUCCCACCCCAAUGCUUCCUUCUUCAUCUUAUGUCGCAGUUCUUAGUUGGCCCCCCCUCGGGUUCGCUAAGCGAUUCCGAAGCAGCCAAGUAUUACGAGACUCAGAGAGAGAAAUUGAGAAGCUUUAUCGCGGCGGUGCCGACGACAAGCGAUCCGAAAGCUGCUGAGCACCCCACAGCUCAGAUUCCUUGGGCAGAAAAGGUGAUUUGCCCUAGUUUGAUGGGCCUACGGAAAAACGAUGGGAAGACGAUUCUAGGACUCCAAAGCCCUGGCCCAGAACUCAGAAAUAGUGGCAGGGGAGGUGACUGGGAGAAAGUUGUACUCACAAAAUUUGUAAAUGGGGCGUCUACGGAAGUUGAGGUGAGGAAUAGAGUAGAAGUGCUCGAAAAGGAAAGAGAAGCGGAAAACGAAGCGCAAAACGAAACGAGAAAGGCAGCGGAAAAGGAAGCAGAAGGAGAACCCAGAGAGGCGAAGCUAUAAGACUCAACUCAAACAGUCAGGUCCGCAG